UCAUUGCAGUCGCUGGGCUGAUGACACGAGGAGGGGAGGGAGGGGUUCACUGCUUGUCUGCGAAUCAAUAGCCAGCAUCUGAGUGCAACACACACACACAUCCACAGACACACAUCCACAGACACACACACACAUCCACAGACACACACACACUAACUGCAGACAGCUCUGCUGGCAUUUCCUCUGUGAGCUUCCAGCAUCAGUGCAAGAAACAAGACAAAAACAGAAACAUUGAGAUUUUUUUCUUUCACUCCACCGAACAGUCUGUGGAAAAGAAGCUGCAGCUGGGUGUCUGCUCCUGCCUCACCCUCCCUCCAUCCUYGCUCUCUCUAACUCACACAUCACUCCCACACCCAAGGAUACCCUCUCCACACCUCCCUCAUCCCUUCCUUUCUCUUUAACCUCUCCAAACUAAGGUAUUUUCUCUUACGAAGAGAUGCUUGCCUGAGCUUUUUUUUUUUUUUUUACAUUUUUUAUUCCUUCUUCUUAAUUUUCCAAUCACUUCUGUGGAUGCUCUUCUCCUCUACCCUACUUUGGUGCUACCUGUGGAGGUCCUCUGGGUUUUCUGGUUGAGUCUGAGCCCCCCUUCCCGCCUGCUGAAAGGUACCAUGCUGGGACUGGACGUGUGUGAGUUCGGGGGUCAGGUGCUGGAGCUGCUGUGGCUCACCAUGUGCUACAGAGGUCUGCUGACUGACAAGAACGAUUUACCCAUCGAGGAAGAARCCAAUGAGAGAAAGCUCAACUACAAUCCUCCGGCUCAGAAGUCUCUGCAGGAGAUCCAGGACCUGGACAAAGAUGAUGAGAGUCUGGUGAAGUACAAGCAAACCCUGCUGGGGCCUGAAGCGCUGCAAGCAGACCUCUCUGGGCCGAACGUCAAGGUGACCAGACUGAUCCUGCUGUGUGAAGAYGCCCCUGACCCAAUCACCAUGGACCUUACAGGUACACCAACCCUCUUCAUGUGUGGCUUGAUGUCMCUUUCAGCCCGAGCCCACAGCAUGAUGACUCCACCACUGUGCUUAAAGCUCGCUACAUCUUUAAAAAGACACAAGACACGUGUUCUUGCUCACAUGGUUGUGAACAGAGAAAUAGUUUCUGGUCUGAAGUAUCGUCAUGUGACCUACAGGAAGGGAGUGAGAAAGGAUAGUGUGGUAUGCAUGAUGGGAAGCUACGGCCCCCGAGAAGAGGAGCAGGAGUUCCUCUGCCYGGCUGAGGAGGCCCCAAAGGGCGUCUUGCUCCGCGGCCAAUAUCUGAUCAAAUCCUGCUUCGUCGACGACGACAAGAACGUCUACUUAUCCUGGGAGUGGAACCUGAACAUCAGCAAAGACUGGAAUUAAAAAUAGCUCUGUCCUUCUCCCCUCAGUCACCCUCUUCUUCACCCUCCUCAUCCUCUGAGCCUUGCAAGUCAGGAUGCUCUGUUUUCUCCCCUUCUGCUCCUCCUCCCCUGCUGCUGCUUUCUUUCUCUUCCUAACGCCUGCAUCCUGAGUGAUCUGUUUUGACGAGCAGGUUCUGGCUUCCCUUCCAUGCAGGCUUGUCACAGGAAGUCCCACAGUUACUGCUGGGGUGACGUAAAGGCAUCAACAACCUGCCGCUGCUGAUAAAACCUGCAGCAUCCAAUCAGUCUGCCUWAGUGAAAGUUUGUUAGGUUCGUUUGACAAAAACAAAGGGACGGACUGUUUCAAACGGGGGAGAUAACUUGUCUAAAUUUGUGUCUGUGGCUCCUUUGAAAACAACCUCAGCUGACCGACGCGCUGUAUAUGAGAAAAAGGAGAAAUAAUGCUUUAAAAUGUAUUUACUCUUUGACUAAAGUGUCUAAAAAGAUGUUUUCAAACUGCCUGAACAGCAGAUUGAGUGGAUAGCAAUUCAUUUAAAAUAAAGAUUGUUGACYUUAAAUAGUUGUAACUUUUAGCCUAAAUUUUAAAAUUCUUAAUUCCCCAGGUUGGCUGGAACUGAACUGUGUAUACUGUAAAAAAUAACAAAAAAAAAGAUGCAUGUGUCAUCUUUGGGAUUUAACACCUAAAAAAAGAAUAAAAUCUUUUUUUUUUGUCUUUGUAAGAAAUAUAAAUGAAGUUUUGCUUUUUGGAGUUAGGAG